AUGAAACUAAUCCCAUCAUUUCGAUUACGUUCACUUGGCCUCGGUCGUUAACAAGCUUUGGUCGGUGAUAUAUCAGCAAAAAAAAUUGAAAAACGCGUAAGAUGGGAUGAAACUGUUGUUGAUAAUGAAGACGAUGAAGGCUCAUUAAGUCAAAGUGGUACAGAAGAUAGUAGCACUUCCGAAUCUUCAACUAUGACAACAGGUGAAGAUAAUAGUACAUCAUCAACUACUGAAAAACAACAUAUAACUACAGAUGAAUCAGAAACUACUGUCGAGCAACCAACAAAAUCUUUAGAUGUAGAACCACAAAUUAGUUCUGAUCAAAUAAUAAAUCCUUUAACUUCUACUGAUUCAUCCAUAACAUCACCAGAUAUAUUUGAUCAACCAAUUGCUGUGUCAGAUUCUACUGAAGAUCAAGCAAAUUCACAAGUAAUUACUACAGAACAACAAUCUGUUCCAUCAGAUAUGACUGAAAGACAAAUCAGAUCUGUUAGUCCAACUGAAUCACAAUUAUAUGAUAGUGAACGACAACUUCGCUCAACUAGUUCAGCUGAUACUCGUUCGGGAUCAAUUACUGAUUCUUCCAAAGAAGAUACAUUUACUGUUGACGAAGUAUCAACAGCUGCCUCAGAUAUUAUUAGUGGUGAUGACUUUAGUAAAACUGUGGAUGAAUUGGAACAGAUGAAAAUAGAAUCAAAAGAAGAACCAAUAGUUGAUGAGCAUAAUGUUGAAAUUCUUUCACAAAUUUCGAAAAGUGCACAACAUGAAUCUGUAACAACAGUUCUAGAAUCACAACUACCAAUUGUAAGUCCAAUCGAUACAUUGGUUAAUACAGUUCCUAAUCGCUACAUUAGUAGUGACGUAUAUCAUGGUUAUUUGGGUGAACACAAGCAAUUUAUGCAAAAUGAUAUAUCAGAUAUUGACGAUGAUGAUACUAAAAAAUCACUUCUUGCAUCUCUUCGCGAAACUAUUACGGCACCUAUUACACCACUUAUUGAAACAAUUCAAGGUGUUGUUUCAAGUCUACAAACAACAACAGAAACACAUUCAUUAAAAUCGGAAAAUGAAACAACAUUAACUACUACAGAUAUUAAAGAAACAGACGAAGGGAAUGAACCUACUGUCAAUACUUCAGAAGAAUCAAAAACAAUAUUUGAAAGUAUUCGCGAAGCAAUUACUACACCAAUUACAGCAUUAGCUGAAUCUAUUCAAACAACAGUUUCAAAUCUUCAAUCUGAGGAACAAGAAAUUCCAUCUACUGAUGAAGAAAAAUUAUCGUCCAAUUUGACUAGUUCAUUAUCUGAUAACAUUCAAGAAAAUGUUACAACGACAGAUUCACGUACUGAAGAUGAAGUUAGUGUUACAUCCGAUGCUGUACAUGAUGAAACAGUGGCUGAUAAAGCAGAAUCGUACGAUAGUCUAAUCACUGAUACCACAAUUUCAACUUCAUCAAACAUUAUUAGUACUCCUGCAGAAGAAGUAAAUGAACAAAAAGAAAAAACAUCUGUAGAAUCUUUAUCGUCAGAAAGUCCGGAACCAACAUCAACUGCUAUCGUAUCUGACCAAACAGAUAUUACCGAUAAACGAAAUGCAACAUCUUCCGAAGAAGCUGUAUCAUCUACAACAAUUCCUGAACAAGUAGAUACUACUGAUAAACAAGAAGUAACUCCGAUUGAAACAACAGCGACUGAGAAAUCAAAUGUUUUAACUACUGAACAAAACAUAGAUGAAAAUACAUCAACAGAAACUAAAACGACUUUGGAAAUUCUUCGUGAUGUAGUUACACAUCCAUUGACAACACUCAAUGAAAAACUUCAAAGUAUUUUACCUACUUCAGUUAGCGAACAAACUGAAGAAACAACAGUGGACGCUAUAAAAUCUUCUACUGAUAUAUCUAAAGAAACAGAAAAUGCUGUUAUCGUUGGUCAAGAAUCUGAUUCAACAAUUGAAGCUGAAAAAAAUGAACUGAACGAGACAAAAACUACUUUUGAAACUAUACGAGAUAUUAUUACUCAUCCAUUAGAAACAAUUCAAAAUGUUAUAUCCAGUCCUAGUAGUGAACAUGUCAAUAAAUCGGAACAAAUUGAAAAUUCAGCGAAGCAAUCAACUCUUGAGCAAAAAUCAGAUUCCACAGUCGAAUCCGAACAUCUUGACUCAGAAGAAUCAAAAAGUACUUUUGAAACACUUCGUAAUGUUAUUACUCAUCCAUUAACAACAAUUCAAAAUAUUAUUUCUUCUUCAACAGUCGAAGAAGGUGGUCCAACAGUAGAACAAAAUAUAUCUUCAAGUAAUAUCGAUGAAAAUAAGGAUAAAGAUAUUAAUACAAAAAUAACAGAAUCAAAUUUCAAAACAGAUCAAGAUACUAUAACAAAUCUAUCAACAGCAAUUAAUGAAACCGUUGAAAGUGGUAUACCAAAUACAAUUGAUCAAAUUUCUUCAUCUGAAGAAAAAGAACAAGUUUUAACAUUUAAACAACCUGAAUCUGAACAUAGUACAAAUGCUGAGAUGCAAGAUUUAGUUUCAUAUCAAACUGAUGAAACUAUUUCCAAUAUAAAUGAAAAUCUUCUUAAUACAAUUCAGGAUAUAAGCAACAAUAUAAUUCAAUCUGUCAUAAGUAAUUUAAAUCAAAAUUCAGUUGAAAAUCAACAACUAUUCUCUUCAGACAAUGAUGUUGUUAGUUCAAAUACUUCUGAAGAUAAAUCUGAAAGUAAUCAAUUAAUAACAAAUCAAGAAACGAAUAUUCCUCAUAAUCAAACUUCCAUAUCAGAUAUUACUUGGACUGAUCUUGUUGGUGAAAAAUCUUCGAGUGGAAGUCGAAAGAGUUCAUUUGAGGAAAUGAAACAAUUAAUCGAAGAAGUUAUUCAAUCGUCUGAUAAUCUGACGAUGGAAAUAACAGAUGAAAAAAUAACAAUUACACUUCCAGGUCCAACCCAAUCAUCACCGAUUAUUGAACAUACAACACAAAACACAGUCUUCUCACCCCAAACUGAUGAUAUUUUGCAGCAAUCCACUCAUGAAUCUCAAUCAGAUUCGUCAUUAGCAACGGCAGAUAUCAAUCAAGUUUCAUCAAGUCAUUUUCAUGAACCAUCACCCGCAAAUACUGAAGAUGAUUCGCUUGAAUUAAUUCAUGCACUACAAGGACAUAGUAUAGUUCUUCCUUCCGCAUCUCCUACUCAACUUCAAUCUGCAGCUAAUCAAUCAUCUUUUUCAAAUUCUAUUGCAGAAAAAACUGAUGACCAAUUGUUACAAGCACCAGAAAAAUCUUCAAGUUCAACAACAACAUCAUCACAAAUAACAAGUUCAGAUCGAUAUGUUUCAUAUGCAAUACAUGAAAUGGGUGAUUCAUCUCAAGAACGUUUACCACAAUUUCCAAUAGCAGCUGAUAUACCGUUUUAUGAAUUAAAUAAAAUAACAACGGAAGAAAAUAAAGAACAACAACAACAAGUUUUACCAGAACCAUUUAUUGCUAACAAUCAAGUUGUAAUAAAAGAUGAUGAUUUAACAGAAUUAGAUGCGACAGAAAAUUUAACUUCAUUUUCCGAUGAUAUACAUUUACAAAAAAAUAAUCUCGAAGAACGAAAAAAUGAAGAUGCUAUUAGUACAGAUGAAGAUGUUGAUGAUGAAAAUUUUAAUGAAUUUGAACCAUCGGAUAUAUCAAAUCUUUAUCGUAUUAUGGAUGAAAUAACACAACAAAAUAAUGAUUUAUCUGAUAAAUAUGAUCAAACUUAUCAACGUUAUGAUAUUUCCAAUAGUAGUUCAUUUUCAACAAAACCUCAAUCAGAUGAUGUUUAUAUUAUACCAGGAUAUCCUGGUUUAUGGAAACCAUCAGCUGAUGAUGAUGAUAGUAAUCAUUCAGGAUUUGCUGAUGAUGAAGAUGAAAAAAAUCAAUCAGCAACAGCAGUUAAAACUAAAACAAUUGUUCGAACUACAAAUCCUGCUAAACUUCAAUCAAUUUUACAACAACAGCAAAAUCCUACUAAUCAAGAUAAUCCAAUUCGACCAGAUACAGUUGAUAUAUUUAAUCGACCAUUACAUGAAUUUUCAUUUGAUAUAUCAGAAUCGGAUAGUUUUAAAACUUGUGCAUCAACAAUAAAUUCUUCUUCAACAUCAAGACAACAAAAACAAACAGAUUUAUAUCAAAUACCUAUCGAAGAACAAGAAGAACAUCAACUAAGUCCAGAAGAAAAAAUACUUCUUAUACGUGAACGUGAACGUGGUGUUUCAUUACCUGUUACAAUGAAAAUAGAUUAUGAUGAUAUGGCAUUUCGUUUAUCAACAUCAACACCAACUGAUGUACCUUUAUAUUCUUCAACACAAGCACAUUCACCAUUAAUAUCCGGCGAGCCAACACAAAAAACAACAUCAAGUAGUCGUUCAAGUACUCCAUCAUUAAGUAGUAAUGAAAGUGAUCAACAACAACAACAACAACAAAAACUUCCUUCAUCAUCUUGGUUAAAUACUGUUAACACAACUACAACAACUAUUGAAGGACCCGAUGGACCACUUGAAUCUCGUACAACGAUUCAUAAAUCAGCGAAAGGACCAAUUUCAAUUGCUGAAUGUGAGCCACAAGGAAAAUAUAUUGUUAUUGAAAAUACAAGUCGCUCAAAAAAUAUUGCACUUGCUGGUUGGACAUUACAUCAAGAAAAUGAUAACGGAGAUAUUUUAACAUUUACAUUUCCUAAUAAUUGUCUUUUACGAUCGAAUCAAUCAUUAAAAGUUCUUUCAAAAUCAAAUGAAACAGAACGAAGAAAUAGCGAUCUUAUUGCUUCAUUAUUGUCUACAUGGCAUACAGGUUCAAAUGUAGUUACAAAAUUAAUCAAUGCCGAGGGCAAGGAUCGUUCUUCAUUAACGAAAAAAACAGUAUUUUCUUGA